CUCCACCGCCUAAUCCGUGUCCCCUGCCGGCUCUCUGGGUGUGCUCAGGCCCCCUUCUCUCCGGGUCCUUCCCCAGACUGAUGAUCCUCGGCAGGGCCUCAAGAGCAGCCCCUGCUCUCCCAAGCAGUUUUGGGACACACCUCUCGGGAGAGCUGCGUAUUUCCGCGUGGUAGGGAAGCCCCGGCUAAGUCCGCCGUGCGCUCCAGCCCGGGUUCCAGGUCCCUGGGAAGUUUCUCUAAGGAGCCCAAGCCCCGAAGCAGCUCUGGCUCCUACUGUUCGGCCCCGCCCCCUCCCGAGCGAAGCCCGGAGCUCGAAGCUGUGAGCUCAGAGGCAGCCCAGCCCGGGGGCGGCACCGAGCGCGGCCACCCAGCUCCAGCUCCGGCUCCACGCCGGAGUCCUCUUCUCUUCUCUUCUCCACCUCCUCUUCUUCCCUCCCUUCCCUUCCCGGUCUUAGAACGCAGACCCAACGCCCAGCUAGGCAGCGAGCCCGAGACGGACAGCAUCUGCAGCGAGGACCGUGAGGCAGAGGGAACCUGUGGAGCCUGGGACCCAGGCGUUCCCGGAGCCCGUGACUGUUAGAGGCUCCAAAGGAAGCCCCGAGCCUAGGGCUUCGGCUGCCGUGCCCUGCUGCUCACUGCCCGGGGCUGGCGAACGAUGCAGGCUGCGCUGUGAGCCCGAGGCAGCAGGGCCAUGUCCGGCUCUCGUUGCCAGACAUUGUACCCCUUCACUGGGGAGCGGCACCGCCAGGGGCUGCGCUUCGACGCCGGAGAGGUGCUCACGGUGCUGCAAGUCCCGGACGGGGGCUGGUGGGAAGGGCAGAAAGAGGACGGACUCCGUGGCUGGUUCCCCGCGAGCUAUGUGCAGUUGCUAGAGAAGCCUGGAAUGGUUCCCCCCCAGCCUGCAGAAGAGACUCAGACUUCUUUAUUACCACCUGGCUGGCAAAGCUACCUGUCUCCUCAGGGCCGCCGAUACUAUGUCAACACAACCACCAAUGAGACUACAUGGGAGCGGCCCAACGGUUCUCCUCGGACCCCAUCGAGCCCUGGCCCUCAGAGGAACUUUCAGCCUACAGCAGUGAACGGCUACCACUCAUCAGGGACCCCAGUGCAUCAGUCAGAGCCUGUCCACAUGAGUCUCCGAAAACCCACUGGUGAUUUCCAGAACCCAGGGUCUCCGUCUCCAGGCAAGAAACAGAGCAAGGAGAGCACCAUCACAAUAAACUGUGUGACUUUCCCACAUCCUGAUACAAUGCCAGAACAGCAGCUGUUGAAGCCCACUGAAUGGAGCUACUGUGAUUACUUCUGGGCUGAUAAGAAGGAUCCCCAAGGCAAUGGCACUGUGGCUGGGUUUGAGAUUCUUCUUCAGAAACAACUGAAAGGCAAACAGAUGCAGAAGGAAAUGUCAGAAUUCAUUAGGGAAAGAAUUAAGAUUGAAGAAGAAUAUGCCAAGAACUUAGCCAAGCUCUCUCAGAAUUCCUUGGCAGCUCAGGAAGAAGGCUCCCUUGGAGAAGCCUGGGCCCAGGUGAAGAAAAGUCUGGCUGAUGAGGCUGAAGUCCAUCUCAAGUUUUCUUCCAAGCUCCACAGUGAAGUGGAAAAGCCCCUGAUGAACUUCCGUGAGAAUUUCAAGAAAGACAUGAAGAAGUGCGACCAUCAUAUUGCUGAUCUGCGGAAACAACUAGCCAGCCGAUAUGCCUCAGUGGAGAAGGCACGGAAGGCCCUUACAGAGAGGCAGAAAGACCUGGAGAUGAAAACCCAGCAACUAGAAAUCAAACUUAGCAACAAAACUGAAGAGGACAUUAAGAAAGCCCGGCGGAAGUCUACACAGGCUGGAGAUGAUCUGAUGCGCUGUGUGGAUCUCUAUAAUCAGGCCCAGUCUAAGUGGUUUGAAGAGAUGGUGACAACCACCUUGGAACUUGAGAGACUGGAGGUGGAACGGGUAGAGAUGAUUCGGCAACAUCUGUGCCAAUAUACACAGCUGCGGCAUGAGACAGACAUGUUCAACCAAAGUACAGUAGAACCCGUGGAUCAACUCCUGCGGAAAGUGGAUCCUGCUAAAGACAGGGAGCUGUGGGUGAAAGAACACAAAACCGGAGAUAUCCGACCUGUGGAUAUGGAAAUCUAGACUGAAUGAGUCAAUCCUUGAAUGGGUUUAUUGUUGGGGUUUGGGGUUCCCAUCAAGAGAAAGGGCUCUUUCUUUGGGACCCGCCGUCAUGCCAGGAAGGAUUUGUGCUGCCAUCCCAUCCAUUGUCCUGUUUGGUGAGGUAGUUGGAGUGUCUCCGUUCCCCAUCCCAGACUCAGAAGACAAACACUUACACCCUUGCCUUUAUCACCAUCACUAAAAGCCCCCAGCUCCCUAUCCUGUGCUUUUCUGAGAGCAAACUGAAGAGUUCAGUUCCUGGAAUAUGGCAGUGGUCUGUUUAUAGUCAUGUGUCAUGCUUAAAGACCCAGCCUGUAUAAUAUGUUUGUGAUUCUUAUGGGGUCAUCAGGGUCCAGUCUUCCUCAAGCCUAAGAGCUCCUCCUCUCCAUGGAAUCUAAGGACUAAGGGAGUUGUCAACUCCUUUCUCCAAAAUGAGUACCAACAUGAAAUGGACUGGGGUGGGAGGAGGUACCUGCAUAGUUGGAACGUCCCUUCUACAACUAUCCAAGUCCUUUGUUUGUGACCUGUCUGGAACUGGGAGCUUCUGUAACAUUUCAUCAAAGAAUCAUCUACUAGGGCCCAAGAGGGAAUCCUGAAAAUGAGCAUUUGCUUCUCUUAUCACAAAACAGAACCUGCCCUUCUUUUAAAAUCUAUAGUGAUAAUGGUGGAACUACCUCAUUAGACAAACUGGCCCCAAUUUUGAGUGUUCCCCUUUUCCCUUCCCAUUUGCCACAAAUGUUUUUGUUUUUGUUUUCUUUCUACAUGGAUAGUUCUUACCCAACUUUUUGGACCUAUGUCCUCAUGUGCUAUUGUUCUGGGGAAACAUCAAGUCAACAAUCCAAGCCAGUUAGGUUUGUUUUUUGUUUUUUGUUUUAGAUUACCCAGUCUCACCAUGUGAUGCUUUUUAGAAAUCCUUAGUUUUCAGUGUCUCAUUCUGCUCAUUCCAGUGGUUUGGGAGCAGAUCUCAGGGGCAGGGUGUUAAUUACCUGCAUCCUUCCCCCUCACACCAUCAUUUAUGUUUACUGCUCUCACCUAGCAUCUGUCCUCUCUGCUUACAUCAAAGUGAUUGAGUAUUUUUAGGCAUUGAGGCCCAGGAUGUUGGGUUUAGAAUGUGGUGAUAUGGAUCCUGUAUUUGGCUCCCUUCCUUAUUCAGUGCCCCUUGGGUCGUCACAUUUGCCAUCUUGUGCCAUCUUCCCAGGUCCUAGUUAUAAUUUUCAAACCCAGGUCUUUGAUAACAAUAUCCUCCAAAGUUUUCUAUCAACAGGAAAUCUCUUUGUUUCUCAUUCAUAGAAUCUUUCCAAACCCUACCAAUUUCUUUGUUAGAGGAUAUGGCUCUCCCAUUAAGAUUUCCUAGUGAUGAUUCUAAUUGUUUUGAUUCUUCCCUUCUUUUUGGCUGCUUCUCCUUACCCUUUACACUUUAUUUGGCACUACACAAAGUUUGUUUUUCUCUUUUCAGCUGUUAUUCAGUUUUGACCUUCUGUUUUGUGACCUAAUUCCCAACAAAACCAAAACCAAAAGGCCAGGGAUUGAUUAGAAUGUUUUUGCCAUUGCUACCUUGAGGAUCUUAGAUGCCUUCUCCCUCAUUGUUAUGUUUCCCAUCUCUCUCACAGCAGCAGCCCUGAAAAUUAGCCCUUCAAAGCCCCCUUAAAUCUUGUGUGUGUGAGAGAGAGAGAGUGUGUGAUAAUUUAAAGAGGGGAGUAUCCAUUAAAUCUUAAUGCUGGGGCAGCUAGGUGGCACAGUGGAUAAAGCACCGGCCCUGGAUUCAGGAUCACCUGAGUUCAAACACCACCUCAGACACUUGAGACUUACUAGCUGUGUGACCCUGGGCAAGUCACUUAAUCCCCAUUGCCCCUCAAAAAAAAAUAUUAAUGCUCAUACUAUGGAUUUCACAGACUCCUUAAACUGGACAGAACUUUGGUAACAUCCAGUCUAACCUACCUUAAAGAUCUAGAGCUUGAAAGAACCUCAGAACAUAUCUAGUCCAAUCCUCUCAUUUUACAAAUAAAGAAACUGGGGCCCCAGGAGAUCAAGGGACUUGCCUAGGCAGUAAGUGUGCAGUUCUUCUUCCACUCUAUGAUGAUACUCUACCGAAGCCUAAAGAUAUGAAGGAGCACAGUUAGUGGUAGAUCUAGGGCAUUCUAAGGAUUGGCUAUAUUUCCUCUCCUCUGGUUGUGACUUUAAAUUUCUAUCUCUAUUAGUAGUACUUGAAUGGUAUUCGACCACCUCAGACAAGGGCAGGAAUAUAAGGUUUUGCUGGUUGUUUCUUUCAGACUGCCAUAGUAUUUCAUUAUUUGUAUCCUGUGACUCCUGCUCAGCUCACAUGAGCAUAGAGUAUCUCCUCCUGCCAUUUGUUUUGGAAAAUAGCCAAGCUACUAAACUAAGAAAAAGGUAGUCACCUUUUUUAAAAUUAUUAUUCUGAUUAAGAUUCUAGGGAGGAAAUCAACUCUAGGAAGCUGACAGUACCAACAGAGUCAUUGUGGAAUGAUGUAUUACAAAGAAGAUGGAGAAAGGGUGAUUAGAUUGAGGCUAUCCAGUGAUACUCAGCUAUUGCUCAUAUGAUUGUAGUUCCUUGGUUUCUUCUUUUACAAAAUAAGAUGUGGAUAGACUGGAGAAAUGCUGCUGAAGAGGACUGAGUGGAUGAAGAAUCACCUUUAGCUCAGUAAAUAUAUGUUUGCAUGUUUUUCAAGUGCUAAACAAAGAAUAAGUAAUAUUAUUAUUAACCCAGUUAUUCCAGUGAGUUGGAUUUAUUUUAGUCUCCUUCAUUCUAACCUUUAGGGAACCUAAAUUUUUUCUUUCUCUCAGUAUGGAAUCAGCAUACCUUUUCUUCCUUCCUACUUCCUACUGGCAAGGUACUGGUUGGUCAUUCGUGUACCAUCACAGAGCAGGCUUUCUAGGCUUUCUAAAAAAGCUACAAGAGGUUGUGAUAUCAGAGUAAUAUGGAUGUAGAGCUUGGCAAUUAAACUCAACCAUUCUUUGGACCAAUAGAACAGCCAUUCCCUAAAAAUGACAGCUUCAUUCACCCUAUCUCCAAUUCAUCAAGUUUUAGUGCCUACUUCAAAAGCUGUGAAUUCACAGAAGCAUGUCAUCAAUCAAGAUGGGCAGGGUAAAUGCCUUAGAGUUAGAGAUCUUAUUGUUUGCUAACUGUUAAAAUUUUUUUUAUUUGAUUGAGUAUAAGAGUCACAGCAUGAACAGGCGUGAAUGGGUUGUGAUCCACACCAUUGGAGACAGUGCCCAUCAUAGAUCAUACUGAAGUAUUUUGAAGCUGGGUAAGUAGAAGAAGCUUAGGCUACCAGAAUCAGAUGGAAGUGCCUGAGUCUUCAGGGACAUGAAUAACACAAACUCCACAAAGCUGUCAGAGGGCAACUCAUGAGCUCUUGUGGACUAAAUAAUUAGUCAAGUGUUUACUGAGUACCUGUUGUAUACCCAGAUCUUUCUUCAGAUGUUAAAAAACAGUAUUCCAAAAGCUUUUGUAUGGAACAUACUGAACAUUGAUAUAUUUCACAUUAAAAAAUUAACAAUAAAACCCCAAUAAAGCCACUAACAUUCAAUAUGGAUUAUCCGGUUGCCAUAGCAAUCCUACAGUUGAUUAUUUUUCCCCCUUUAGAAGCAGACUAGCCCUACAUCCACCAAUAAUAAGAACUAGCCCUUUAUAAUUCCUUGUCUAAUUACUCAUAAUUAGGAUUUCAACAUCCCCAAUAUAAAUUGACAGUAUAAUUAAAUGGGGGUGGGAAGGGUGAAGACCAGACUCUAUUAACUGGCAUGCUAUCUCUUCUUAGUUUUGUCUAUUGUACCCUUGUCACAAGUAGUCACUUGUUAGGGCUAAAAAUCAAACAUUAGUGAGGGAAGCAAACAUGAAUAGUUACUAAAUUCAGGAAUUUAUUUUGUUCAACCUUUAUAUUUUGAAAAAUAAUUGUUUUUUAAAAUUAAGACCAAAUGCCUAAUUAGUGGUGUCAGCAAGUAAAAGUAUUGGCUGAGUCUGGGUUCAUUAGAAUUUGGAAUCCCAAGCUGUGAAAUUCAACUAUUUGUGUUUUCCCCUGGCCUCUUUAAGCCUUAAUGAAUGAUAGACUUUUAUUUCUCUGGGGUCCCCCCCUUCUAUAUAGUUUCUAACAAGUGGGUAGCUUUCACUUUAAUGGGUAACUAGGACCCCAGUUAAUUAAUUUUCACAUUAAAGUGCUUUAAGAGCUAUAUUAUGUCAACUUGCUGUAUCACCGUUUAAGAAAGAUAAGGUCACUAUGCCCAUUGUCAGUCAUCCCUGCCUCCAGGGAGGAAAAUAUCCUACCUCCUUUCUUUAAAGGGAUGAUUUGCAUUGGAGAUUGGCAACUGGUCCUCUAUCUUCUGUUCAUUUUCACAGAUAUUUCUAGCUUAACCACUCUGAUUUUCAAAUGCAGCAGUGCCCAAGAGCUACAUUUUAUUCUUGGAUUUCCAUCACUAGUGUUUUGGGAGUAACUGUUGCCAAAUUUUUCUUUUCCACAAUACAAAAAUUGUAGAGGUAAAUUUUAUUAUUUUACUUCAACAUAGGUUCAGGCCUCAGAAAAAACCUGAACCAUCAUGAGGAUUCUGACAAGGUUUCUUAUAGAGUAGUAACAGAGAAAUAAUUAUUUUACAUAUUGCCAUCCUGUACAUCCCUUUUAAGGCCAUUAAAGUUAAAGAGAAGAUUGAUCCAUAAUCCCACACUUCCUUUAAUGUCAUAAAAGUUGAACAAAUUUAGUUACAUAGAAUCAUAAUCUCAUAUAUCCCUUAAGGAAACAAACUGCAUCAAACAAUAGGUAAAUUAAAUCAGGCUACAGAUUAAACUACAUUUAGAGGAUUCACAAAUGGGCAAUUGAAGAGGAAUAAGGUCCAGUAGAGAUUCUUCCCCUGGCUUCUUAUCAAAGGAGUGCUUAAGGAAAUGUUUCAAUCAGGUGAGGUCAAUAUUAAGAUAGACUUUUAGUUAACCAAAAUAUGCAGGAAGAAGGGCCCUGGCUUCCAAGCAAUAAAAGGAAAUAAAUAAUUCCUAUAACACUUGUUUUCCCAAAACCAAAUGUUGGGUUUGGGUUUUUUUUUUAUGUAUUUUAUAGUACUUUAUUUCUUUCUACCUAUGCUAUAAUGCCUGGCCAGUUGGGUCUCUGUGUUCAUAUCAUUUAACUAUCACUGAAGGACAUUUAAUGAACACCAAAGGUAGCAUGGUUAGUAGGAAAACCAUUGGACUGAAAUCAGAAGCUCUUGGUUCCAGUCCAACUACUUCCUUAAAAUACCCGAGUGACUUUAAAUAAGUCAUUUCAUCUUUGUAAGCCUCAGCUAUAUAAAAGGGAGUUGAACCUAACCCAAAUGAUCUCCUUGUUGUGCCAUUUCCAGUUUUGUGUAAGUUACUUUAUACAUGACCAAGCCAUGUCUGGACUCCUUCAACCUAUCUUUAACUGGACAGUCUUCAUAAAAUUUCUAUCUAACUCUUAGGAAAGGAAGCCCAUUACACCUUUGAAAUUUGAAAAGUUCGAAUGCAGUCACUUUCUCAGAAUUCGAGUUGAGGCAAGAUAAUGUGCCCAGAGUGGUAUCAGGAAUAGAGCAGACCCUUCUCAACAGGACCCACCUCAUGCACCUAGCCUAAUUCUUUACCACCUAUGUCUCCAACAUACCUUCUGUGCCAUUUGCAAGAAAAGUUAUGGCCUCUAAACCUAAAUCUCCAAAGAGGUGAAGGAACCAGGCAGCUCACAACCAUUUACACCCGGCCACAUACCCGUACAUCUACAAUUCAUGUAGACAACUCUCUGUGCUUUGCAAUUUCUCAGCAGCUAUGUACAUCGCUCAAAAUGAUUGACAUGCCCCACCUCCCUUCCAAAUAUUUGGUUCUCUACCCCAUGUCCAUCUGUAUCAUACUUUCAGGAAAAGGGAUAUCUAGAAGACAACCUGGAACAUUUCCAAAGGACAUUUGAUAUACUCAGAAUCAGGAAAAAUAGUGCGCAGGGCAAGGGAGUCAAAGUGAGUUCUGGAUUGCAAUUUGGGGGUCCUUUCCACAAGGUUGCCCACCCUCUGGCUUAGUUUCAACCAGAUUCAAUGUAUUCUCCCACUAUCUAGACAUGUGUAGUGUGAGCCACCUCAUUCAAAUCACGACAUAUGUGUUUGAGGGCAAAUAGUUCAGAUGAUGGGAUCAAAACAAAUGCCUCAUCCUUCCUAAGGCUUUGGGAUUUGGAGCAGUCUGUCUUUUUAGGAGCUUCUGUAGGGCGCUAUUUCUUGGGGAGUGGUCAUCAUAGCCUAAUAGCUCUCUAUUACUUAGUCUGUCAUGUAAUAGAGGGUGUUGAGUUGUUCCCCUAAACACUUUGAGUUUGAGGGCAUCUUCUAUCAUUACCAGGGUUAUGAAAUAAGGAAUUCAAGGACAUAUGGGUGCUUUUAAAUUGAUUGGGGAUUGGGGAAUGAGAUGCCUAAGCAUGCCUUGGUGGAAGAUCUGGAGAUCUUGGUUUUUGGUCCAUCUCUGCAGAUCUUUUGCUAUAUUAUCUUGGGGCAAGUAAUUUCACCAAUUCCAGCACACUGGAGCAUUUAGAGGGAACCAUCUGGGCUUUGUCUGGAAGUCCUCUCACAACCUUACAUUAUUUUAAUUUAGUUUUGUUUUAUAAUAUGCACCAUCCCAGUAUCUGGUGUCUAUUGAUUCCAAGAAUCCUUCAUCUAAUGCUAGUGGUUUUAUCUGUUAAAUGAGUUCAAAUUGGAUGACCUCUGGGGUCCCCCCCCCUUCUAUGUAGUUCUCUUUCCCUCUAACUCAUCACUCCCAGCCUUUGGGAUCCUGAGGGGAAAUUCUGCUGCAGACACCAAUGGGGAGCAAGGAACUGAAAUGGGGAAAGGGGAGUCAGCAAAUUGAGCAUUUAUAGUUGUUGGCAGGAGGCAGGGUCCCCAGGGUGCAACUCUUUCCUUUUUUCCAGUGAUUCUAUACCUUCCUCCCCCUCGGGAUCAAUGAUGGAUGGGAGGCAGUCAUUCUGGAGACAUAAGCAUACUGCCUUCUAGUAUCAAAGUGGAAUUUUCUAACAAAAUAAACUUGCUUGUUUGGUCUGUUUUCUGUAACUUUUGCUAAAUACUUUAUACGUUUUUAAAGUUAAAAAGCUGUGUCUCCUGCCAGCAUUACUCAUUCUGGUAUGAAUGUGUUUACUUCACAUUCUAUAUCUUUCCAUCCUCUUUGGCUUCAUAGAUUGGUAAAUAUAAUUGAUGUAAUAUAAUUUAUAAGUAACACUGUUGCAACUCUGAUCUUUUUGGAACCUGUAACCCGUUUCUCUUCCCAUAAUGGCAUUAGUGUGUAUUAAGGCUGACGAAUUAAAUGUUUAAAGGGUUUUAAUUCUGAAUUUGUUAUAUAUAAUUGUUCUGUAUUAUUAUAAAGCAUUUUCAUGAACUUAAACUCUAUUUCUUUAUAUUUUUCUGCAAGUUGGUGUAUACACUUCAGAUGCUUGGAGUCAUUCCAUGUAAAAUAAACUGUACAGAGACACA